GCAAAAACGAACGCCAGCGUCAGCAUCAGCGCGAGCCGGUGUCCAAGAUGGUAGCCCACAUAAAGCAUUUCCUCGAUUUCCUAAAUGUUCCUGCGGAGAGCUUAAAUAUCCAGUUCAAAGAGCAGGUCCCCACGGUGAAGGUAGACUCUGGGAUUGAACUAACAGGAUGUGCGCCGAUCGGACGCUACAUCGCAGAGCAGUCUGAAAAAGGACGGGCCGUACUCGGAAAAAAUGCCCAGGAACGAGCUCUCAUCCAACAGUGGCUUGAGUACGUGGCCGUCCGCAGCGAAAACGGCCUGCUCUCGUCGGAUACAGCUCACAGUACACUACAAGAGCUCGACAGUUACCUAGCGGACCGAUGUUUCUUUGUGGGCAUCUCGCUCACUCUGGCCGACGUUUUCCUCUACUACAGUCUUCAUCCCACUGUUUCGUCACUGACAUUCAAGGACAAAGAGAAGUAUGGCCAUCUCUGCCGUUGGUUUGACCUGGUUCAAUACCAAGAAGGUCUUCGGCAGAAUCUCCCACUCGUGAUCUUCAGCAAGACACGGCUGUACGUCUAACGUCACGUCCCGGCAACGCUUCCCUGAAUACAACGUCAUGGGGCACACAUCUCCAUCACGGCACCUUCUACGAUUGCGUACUUUAUUGUGAUCAUUGCCGACGUCUUUUUCCGUUCUGCAAUCUGUAAUUCUUUUGUGGGCCAAACUCAGAACUGGCAUGCUCGUUCGUCGCCCUAACGCUGACUUGCAGGGUUGUUAGACCACUGGUUUGAAAAGGGCGGUUUUGGUAGAGAUACAUAUAAUUGGACAUGUUAGGGCAAAUUCACACUAAGAAUUGACACUGGUCACAUGACCAACCUUAACUGGUAACAAAGUGGCUGAUUGAUGUGACAUUGACUUCUGGGGGUUAUGACACCAAUUCUCCCUGUGAUUGGUAAGGGCAGGUGUGUACUGAUGUCUGCUAUCAAUUGACACUGGUUCGUGAUUGAACAUGUCAAGGUUCAUUCGCACCACUGGUUGCUAGAGGUUACAAUGAUUGCCUGACCGCGAAUGGCUACAAACACACGGCAACCAAUGUUCUCACCAGCAAGCAUGACUCGCCCAUUUCUCACGUGGGAAUGCUUCAUAAUUGAUGUAAUGCUUGUGCUGCCACUACCACAGAACAUAAGUGUUAGUGUACACCACUGCACAAUUUGCUUGCCACUGAUUGGUCCAGCGGGUUAGCGAAUCCUGUUGCAAAGCUAAAGGAUCGAGUAGUCACUCGCGAGCGAGAGAUCCGGUGAAGUUGCUUUUGACCACUUGCAACCAACUUAGAUGCGUGACCUCUGCAACUCGCAAGUGCGAAUGCAUCUCUAAUUUGCAAAGGAGUAUUCACAUUUCUUUUCCGUCUCAGUUCUACAUCGUACAUUUGUGUCACAUUUCAAGUUUAUUAGAAGCAUGUCAGUCCCUUUUUUGAUGGUAACAGUUUUCAUGUUUAUGGUUUGUGAGGUGGCAGUUCACUUGUGAUAUCGUCAAAGGGUAGCUCCAUUACGUGUCACGUCUUAUUUGUCAUGAGUGAGUGACGAACACAUUGGUGUAUGAUGUCACAUCCACGACAUCACGGUCUCGGUCACUGCAAUGCUUUUCACACCUUCACUACAUGUACGCGGAUGGCUUCAUUCCUUCAAAAGGAAUCUUCCCAAACUAAUAGCGACUGAGUACGUGUGAAUGACUUCCUGUGUGAUGUAAAGAUAGGUGGUGGUAAUGUAUUUAUGAUUGGCACAAUGUUUUUUUUUUAUCUCUUUUGCAUAAGCAGUUGCUAAAAGUAGCUGCAAAGUCCUACUGUCCUUUUCUUUUUUUCCUCAUCUGUCGCUCAUCAUAUGUUGACAUGUUUGUUUUUUCACUGAACGUACUGAGACAAUUUCGGCGGUUUUUCAAUUCACUGUGACCUGUUUGCUUAUUUGUUAUUUAUGCACCCAGUGGUGGGUCUUUUUAAGCACACGCUUUGGACACUGAAAAUUUUCUGUUCGCAUGUAACAUAUUUAUUAAUUUGUUAUAGUUUACUGUCAUCCUGUUUUACGUUUCUUCCCACCUGUUUUACGUUUUUUCCUGCCAUAGUAGCACUUCUGCGUGAUAUUUGUGAAGCAGCCUCACAUGCAAUUACGAUCACACGUUAAGUUGUGCGGGGCGGUGUAAUGUAAUGUUUCUGCAAACAUGUGUGCAUGUACAUGAUUCGGUAUUUGUGGUUAAUUUCAUAGCAUUGUUAUGUUCCGUACUGUUCGUCUAUGUGUGUGGCUCGUGGCUAACGUAUGGCAAGUGUCUACAUAAUCGUUGUGGAAGCUUUCGGCGAACAAUAUUGGUCAAACGAAAGAUGUCUCGGGCUUGACUCUACGUUUUGACGAACGGGAUCACCGUUGAUCAUUUCCAAGUCUCCAAAUUUCUGUUAAGGAUAUCAAUGGCUUGGUUUCCUAAUGACUAAUUUGAGAAUGAGUUACGAAUCUUGAUGGUAUCGUGAUGCAGCUUUCUGUUUAGUUUCAUUGUAAUUUUCGCUGGGCACUUAAUGUGACUAUGUCAUAAUGGACUGUGCUAGUUUUCAUCUGUCUAGCCAGUAAACAAUUCUUGCACGCGAAAUUCUUAUUACCUCAUACUGAUUUCACGCCGCACAUUCGAUUUUCUGAUCUCUCUCUUGUCUUCAAUAAAAACCCUAUCAGCA